UUUGGACCCACUUUCACCAAAACAGUCUCUUUCUCACUUUCUCUCUGACACUCAACGACGGCCUUCACGUUCCCGUUCCGUUUCACCGAAAAUAUAUAUACAAAACUUUGAUCCAUCGUUGUCUUCUUCAAGUACGAGAUUUCCUCGAUUUUGAAUCAAUAAUGGCGUUUUGGAGGUUGAGCUCUGGAGAAGCCACUGGUUUCAAAUUCCUCUUCUCAAUCGCCUUCCUCUACGCUUUAAUGUUAGCGAUUGCUUACUGCAUCCUCCACAUGAAAUUUAUCUCGCCGCUUCCCGCCGACGCGCCCCUGGAUCGGUUCUCCGAAGCCAGAGCCGUCGAGCACAUCCGCGUCUUGGCGGAGGAGAUCGAUGGUCGUCAGGAGGGACGAACUGGGCUUAGAGAAGCUGCAACAUACAUUAAAACUCAGUUGGAGAUGGUGAAGGAGAGAGCAGGACCUAAUUUAAGAGUUGAGGUGGAGGAGACUCAGGUGGAUGGCUCCUUUAGCAUGAUGUUUCUUGGCCACAGCAUCUCACUGGGAUACAGAAACCAUACCAAUAUACUUAUGCGUAUCUCGUCAAUGCAAUCUCUUGACACCGAUGCAUCAGUAUUGAUGAAUGCACAUUAUGACAGUCCUGUCAACUCCCCUGGAGCUGGUGACUGUGGGUCAUGUGUAGCAUCACUGCUUGAAUUAGCAAGACUGGUAGUGGAUUCUGGCUGGACCCCGCCUCGGCCUAUAAUUUUUCUCUUCAAUGGUGCCGAAGAGCUUUUUAUGCUGGGCUCACACGGCUUCAUGACGCAGCAUAAGUUGAAAGACACCAUUGGAGCUUUUAUAAACGUAGAAGCUUCUGGGACUGGCGGUGUUGAUCUGGUCUGCCAAUCAGGGCCUGGCUCUUGGCCGUCCACUGUCUACUCUCAAGCUGCAGUGUAUCCAAUGGCGCAGAGUUCUGCACAGGAUGUUUUCCCUGUAAUUCCUGGAGACACCGAUUACAGAAUGUUUGCAGAAGAUUAUGGCGACAUUCCCGGGCUAGACAUUAUCUUUCUUCUGGGUGGUUACUACUACCAUACUUCCUUUGACACAGUUGACAAAAUAUUACCUGGAAGCAUGCAAGCACGUGGAGAAAACUUAAUCAGCGUACUUAAAGCCUUCACAAGUUCUUCUAAGCUAAAGGCUGCUAGUGAGAGAAACUCGCUUGACAUGGAUACUAACAGUGACAUGGUUGAAAGAGCUGUUUUCUUUGAUUACUUAACCCUAUUCAUGGUGUUCUAUCCAAGAAGAGUGGCCAUGGUACUUCACAACAUUCCAGCUGCUUUGUUCCUUUUUGCUCCUUUCUUUUUGUAUAUGCGGGACCCUGGGAUGCACCCUUGGUUGUCAAUCUUCUGGGCUUUCUUGAACGGAGUUAUACACCAUACCGCUGGGAUUUUACUUGGUGUCAUAUUCCCUGUUCUCUUUUCAGUCAUCGGAUUGUACUUUGCUUAUCCCAUGAGCUGGUUUGCUCACUCAUACUUAGCUUUCUUGAUGUUCAUCCCCUGCUCAUUUUUUGGUCUUUUACUUCCAAGAACCAUCUCUGAUCGUGUGUCACAUUGUCAAGGUGUUUCAUCUAAGAAGAUUAUGAAAGUUGAAACAUCCGAUGAAGCAAGGUUUUGGGGAGCAUUUGGGUUCUAUGCUUUUGUAACUUCGGCAUAUUUUUUCGCUGGAUUAAAUGGAGGAUUCUUGACAUUUGUCAUCUGCAUUUCUAUGAUAUUGGGGUGGAUUUCUUUCUGUUUAUCUGUCAAGUCCUAUGGCUAUGAUUCGAUCAAGUCGCCCAUGUUUUAUGUGAUACCUCUUGUUCCAUGCCUUCUGUAUUCUGUCUAUUUUAGUGGUAUUCUUACCCUACUUUUGAUUGAGAAGACAGGAAUGAUGGGAGCAGUUCCACCACCUUAUGGAUUUUACCUCGCAGAUGUAGCUGUAGCUGCAGUCAUUGGAAUUGUCACCGGCCUGUGUGUGGGUCCAAUAAUACCAAUUUGUGAUCGUUGGCUAGCCAAAUCUUCGAUCUUGAAAUUCUUGCUGCAUUUCAGUGUGGUUAUGUUGGCCGUAUCAUCUCAGUUCUUUCCUUAUAGCAAAGAUGCACCAAAGAGAGUUGUACUCCAACACACAUUCAUCACUACGGGUGGAAAUGAAAUCGCAGGCUCUAGUUACGAUUUAGCUGUCAUUGAUUCAAAUUCUAUGGAGUUCAUUUUUAAGCAUGCUCCGGAGGUGGCAGAGGAACUUCAUGCUGGCCCUUCUUUUUCAUUGGGAAACGCUGAAAUGUCUCCUCAAGAAGCUUGGUUGGCACUUUUCCCUAUUUCCUGUGUAGUAACAACAAACGGGAGGUUCCCUGCUAAAGCCAACAAGAUUUUGGAACGAUAUAGCCAAUUCCCACACUUGAAAACUCAUAAACCGACAACAACUUUUGAAAAUGGAACUCGCAGAGUUCAUCUAGAACUCUCUCUAGGCUCGUUGGAGGAGAUCUGGGUCACGGUUCUGAACAUAACCGGGCCAUUAUCAGGAUGGUCUUUCGCAGAUGGCAAACCUCCAGCGCCUGAACUCCCACGGGGUGGUCCUCCAUCUUACAUAUUGAGACUAAGUGGCAACAGCAGCGAGAAGUGGAUCUUCUGGUUAGAGGCAAGUAGCGAAAAGGAAAUUAGAGUAGAUGUAGCUGUUCUUGAUCAACGUCUUGAUGAAGAAACUUUACAUUUGAAAAGGCUUUUCCCUGGAUGGUCCGAUGUUAUUGCCUACACUAGCUUUCUUUCUACUUACUUCUUCUAACAAAGACUUUUAUUUUCUCCUUUUUUGUUUUUUUUUUUUAAAAUAUUAGAGAAUAACCCGUUCUUGAAACGGGACAUCUAGUUCAGUGUUUUGGUAUUUAUGAUUUUGAAUAAAAUGGUGUAGAUGAACGAGAAUCAAAAUGCAAGUAUUCCCGUUA